GGCUUCGCUUAAGGUUGCUUGUAAGUUGAAACUUGAAAUGAUGCGAAGCUGCUGUGGAUUACCAAACUAGUUGCAGCUUCUGAUCCAAUGGUGUGCUCUGUCAUCUCACAUUCUCGGCAGUUCAUGCCUCCAUUUUGCUAUACAUGAAUCAGGACCAACGAUCCUGUAUCUACAGAAAAAAUUCCAAGCCCCACCAUAGAAGUAUGUUAACGGUUGCUUGUCUUAAUUAUGCUAGCCACUUGGCUAAAUUCCAAUGACUGGUGCAUAUAUAUACUUUUUAUCAAGAGAAAAGAUACUGCAUCCAGCCAUGUUUGCCCAUGUUUCAGAUCAGUGUCUUCCUUGACAAUUUUCCUGGUCCUCGCAACAGGAUGUUUGGGUGGCCGGCCUGUCACACAUGCCUCCAAGGACGAUUAGUUGCUUUGCUGACUCAGAUUGUUGGUGAGGGCAUUUCGUGAUGCAGGUGAUUUCUGAACAUCAUGAAUAAGGUAUGUUUUGAGGAAGUUUCACAGCAUGCUCUUCAAGAAUAGAAUAACUAGGUUGUGUUCGUUCAAAAAAAAAAAGAAUAACUAGGUUGUGCGUAAAGUUUGUUGGUUGCUACCUGGUGCCUGGUGGAUGUGGAAAAACCAAGGGGGCAAAUCCAAAGGGAACAAACUGAACAUUCCCAUAGUAUUCGUUUUCAAUGCGGACCACUCAACAUGUCAAACUUUGUGCUUUCCAUGAAUGCUUCCAAAUGUCCUAGUGUUGUCCCAUAUAGAACAAAAUCCCCUUAUCAGAUAAUUCAUGCUAUGGACACUAUAAAUCUGUCAGUAGCAACAAAUAGAAAAGUUGCUCAAGAUAAGACCACAGGGACCAAAUUACUACUUGAACAUACCAAGAGUGAUGUACAGGCCACUUAUGCAGGAUCAGGGCACGACGGAUCAAUUGGCGCAGCUUGGUCCAGUCCUGUAUGUGUGUGCUGCUCAUGUAACCGAGGGAUCCUUUGAGAAGACUGACAUUGGUCUUAGUCAGAUAAAAAAGCUCACCUCCAUAGUCGAUGGGCCACUGCAGCGUCUGUCCCUGAUCAUUGCUGAUAGCCUAGCCCGGCGUCUUCUCUGCCCUAUCCAGGGCUUUGCUGGUGCCCUCAUUCAUCCAUCCGACUACUUCGAGCAGUCAGUCCUUCAGACUGCUCGCUGCAACCUCGCCAACCUCAGCCCCUACAUCAGUUCUGGCUUUGUCACCAUUAACCGGGCCAUCCUUGAAUCAAUGGAGGUUGAAAAGGUUGUCCGCAUUAUCGACCUAUCCUGCUCAACCGCCCACCCAUGGCAGUGGCUCAAGCUCCUUCACGACUUCCAUGGGCGACAAGGUGGGCCACCUGAAGUACGCCUCACCGUUGUUCAUGAUGACAAUGAUUACCUGGCCAACAUGCGGAUUCUGCUAUCUAACGAAGCUGACAAGCUCAAAAUUCCAUUCCAGUUUAGUUCUGUGAUUGGCAGACUAGAGACCUUGGACUUCAGUAAUCUUCGCAAUACCCUAGAUAUAAAAUACGGUGAGGCAAUUGCCAUCAGUUGCUCUCUACAGAUGCAUCGCCUACUCGUGGUUGAUGACAAAGUCAGCUGUUCCGGUAUUGGUCAGCUCCAGAAAAUGGCAAACAUUGCGCAACUUAAGCAGAUGGCCAGCUCAGUGUACAGCCCAGCUUCCACACUGAACUAUCCACAAACACCAUCCCCUCAAUGUAAGAUGCCGAAGUUGCUGGCUACCUUCCUCAAUGCCAUCCGUGUGCUCAAACCAAACAUCAUGCUGGUGAUGGAGCAAGAUGCAAACCACAAUGCCUUGUUGUUCUGUGACCGGUUUGCGGAGGCACUUAACUAUUAUGCUGCCCUUUUUGACAGCUUCCAUGCAGUGGUUGCAGCCAACCCGCGGAGGGCCGAUGAGCGGGCACAAGUAGAAAGAAUGAUCCUGGGGGAAGAGAUCAAGAACAUACUUGUGUGUGAAGGAGUCCAUCGGCAUGAGCGACAUGAAAGGCUGAGCCAGUGGGCAAUGCACAUGGAUAGAUCUGGGUUUGACCAUGUGCCACUCAGCUUCCGUGCCAUUUGGGAGGGUAAUCAGAAGCUCAUGGGCUUCGGAUUGAAUGGAUGCCAGAGCAAGGUAGAAAGUGAUUGCCUUCUGCUGUGCUGGGGUUCCAGGCAUCUCUACUCUAUAUCGGCAUGGAGGCCACAUAAAGGCUCAGCUUCUGGGAGCAGAGAGCAUAUGUUAGUGCAGCCACAGCGCCAAAUAAUAUGAUGAGACAAUUAGGCAUAUCCAUUCAUCGCAAUUUCUUUUCUUUUCUUGCUGGUGAUGCGCAGGACAUCCUGGCAGUUCCUCCUUAUUUUUUAAAGUAGCAGACAACAUUUGGUGUGAAGCAUGAUUAUGUACAUAGAUGAAAGGAUUGUAAUGUUUUCAUUGAAAACCAUGUCAAAGUUCAAUGGGAACCCAUAGACACUGUUAAUUCAUCGUACAAUAUUUUGAUUCCUACCAAUCAUCUCCUUAUAGCAGGAAUGUUUUCAUGUGGAAA